AUGAAAAAUAGCGCUACUGCUUCUUAUAAAAAAGUAAAAUUAAAUGGUAGAGAUCUUCGUUGGAAUCAAACAGGUGUGGUUGUUGCUACUGGGUUUAAGAAACCAUUGGCAUUGUCUAUUGGUGCAAAUGAUUCUAUCUACAUAUGUGACAAGGACGGCCAUGACAUUGAAAAAUGGGACCAAUGUUCAUCAAAUGGUGUGGUAGUAGCAGGUAGUAAUACUAGUAAUUCGGGUUCAACUUCGAUAUUAUUAAACCAUCCGGAGGACGUUACUUUUGACACAAAUGGAUAUAUGUAUGUACCUGAUACUGACAAUGAUCGGGUACAACGCUUUUCUUCUGAUUCUAAUAAUGGUACCACUGUCGCGGGAACCGGAACUGCAGCAAAUACAUUGACCGGUUUGAAUAAACCACAGGCGGUUGCUGUUGAUUCGAAUUCUAAUAUUUAUAUUGCUGAUGAGGGCAACAAACGCAUAAUGAAAUGGGUUCCAAAUGCAACCAAUGGUACUAUUUGGCUAACUGACAACGACAUAGAUCAUACAAUUGACAUUGUAAUAUCGCCAACUUCAACAAACCGCAUAUAUACAACUAGAGAUGACAAAGAUGUAAUAUACUCAUGGACAAGUGGCACAGCUAGUUCACCGGCGACUUUUAAUCAAGUAAAUGAUACUACUAAAACAACUCUUAACAAACCAAGAGGCAUGACCUUUGAUCCAUAUGGUAAUCUGUAUGUUGCCGAUAAAGACAACGAUCGAGUAGUAAUGUUUUGUGCGAAUUCAACAGUUGGUAUUGUAGUGGCUUCGAAUACUGGUACAACACCUAAGCUUGAUAAGCCAGUAGCUGUUGCCUUGGACUCGAAUCUUAAUUUGUAUGUGAUCUCCGAAAGUGGCAAAAACGUGAUCGAAUUCGGACGACUAUGA